AUGUCUCAAACAUCAAAAAGAAUGUUCGGUUGCAUCAAAUAUUCGAGACGUCAAAUCCAACCGAUUCGGGUGACAAGAAAGGAGAAAAGUCGGAUGAUCCGCGUGAUUCUGAGUCUCCCACGGCUCUAUAUUGUCAAUGCUCGAUGGCUCACUUUUGAUGAUCUACUAAACAUGGAAUGUGAGGUUGCAGUUUUUAGACACCACUCAUUCGCAGCGGAAGACGUCAAACAGUUUAUAAAUCAUUGGAUGGCUGGGAGUAAUCCAAAACUGAUGCAUCUCAGACUGCACGGUUUUGAAUUGGAACCAAAUUGGGAGCGCAUUCUGGAAGGAAUUGAAUAUGGAGUAUGGGAUAAGAAAACGAAUAAGAGGCCAAGAAAUUUUCAAAACCGCUAUAUCUACAGUAUUGAAGAAAUCGACUGCAAGAAUGGUCUGGAUUUCGAGAGAAAGAGUGAUGGAAUGAUUGGGACAGUCAUGCAUCAAUCUGACUGGAUUGAUUUCUUUGUGUGGCACGAUAUUUAA